AUGUGUCAUCUUUUUUUGCCUAAAGCAUUGCCUUUUGCUUCGCCAGUGAAUGUGGAUCCCAUUGAGACAUUGAAGAACCAGUUAGUCAAAGCUAGCGUUUCAUCAAGUUCUGCAACUGAGAAGGAUUGUGAGAAAUGUAAAGCUGAAUGGGCGAAACUGCUAAAAAGGAUAUGGGCGCUUGGUCCUGCAUUUACAAAGGACCAAACAUACUAUUUGCUCCAGAUGUCUCCUCCUGCGCUAUUUGUGAGAGAGAAUAGCAUCAACAAGCCUGGGGAGAUAUUUCUAUUGGGUAAAGAUGGUACAAAGUGGCCGACAAGCCUUCUGCAAAAGAACAGAGGACGUAUGAGAUUGGGAAAUGGUUGGAAAGAAUUUGUCAAAGCAAAUGAUUCUACCAAUGACAAAGAGCAAGAAGAGUAUCUCAAAUCUAUAAAGAAACAGUCUCUUUUCAUAGAUCCUACCAACAGAAACAAUGGCAGCAACGAUGAGAAUAACAAAGAAGAUAACGUGUCAUGGGAGAGAAAGAAGAGAGGGAGAGAUUCAACUCCAUCGAGCAUAAAACAAUUUGUGACAUUAACGAUUACACCUUCCAGUGUCACGUCAUCCAUAGAGUUUCACAAGGAAAAAAUGACUUCAACAAGCCUGUGA